GCACACCCAACUAACGUGUACUUCAAACCGACUUCACUAUGCGUGUUAGCACCAGAGAUCUUCCUGAACCGUACAAGCCCUGCGUCUCCAGGAAACAGGCUCGACAAGCCGCUCCCUUCAAGGAGCUACCGCCUGUCCUUCAUCCUAGGAUGAAUUUUCCUAUCCCCCCGUGCAUGCACUUCGGUCUUGUUGUACCGACAGAAUUACUCCUGCAAGUCGCUAUCAAGCAGAAAGGUUACACAAUACCCGACAUUCCACAGUCGGAGCUUUUGCCGGGAUAUCCAGCCUACAAUGACUACGUAGUCUGCUGUCUUGCGCUAGAUUUCAUGAUUAAACACUUCGAUCACGACUUGCGGCUUGAAUACGGGAUUGUGUAUCGUGAAGGAGAGCUUCUUCGGAUUGUUUCGAUUUGUAGUAACUGGAAAACGAGUCAGAAGGCGGACGAGACUGCGAAGAAAAUAGCUGAUUACUUUGGCAUCACAGAUCAUCCUCUGUGGUACCUGGACUGGGAGCUUUGGAGAUGGAGGUUUGAUGUCUAAGUUUCAGCCACAUGUCCAACAGUCACCUGUCGUCCUUGUGUUCAUUUUGUCUUUCAUCAUUAGAUUCCUGUUGAGUCCAUCUUUCAUAGUGAUUUAUACGCAUUUCUGUACGGCUCUCAUUCAGUAUUAGGCUUGGAUCUGAUCUCAGAAUAAGUAGUUUAAAGUUUCCGAUGUGCGCGACGUACCGAGUCUUAUGUAGUCCAUAAUUGAACGGUAUAAUAUAUUAAGCCUGACGCGUGACGUCACGCGUCUCGCGCAUGCAUUCC